AUGGUGUGGCGUGUGUGGGGCCGGUCUCAGAACAACGGUAUGGCAUCCCGCGAAAAGAAAGCCCGCUCGGUGACCGCAGACUCCCCCACACCUUCCCUUGGCAGUGCGCACAGUGGCAGCAACAGUAACAUCAGUGCCCCUCCCACCACUCCCAGCACCACAAACGCAUCAUUAGCAGCUGGUGGCAGCGAUUCCGCACCGACGACUCCAACAUCCACACGCAAAGGCGCGGCCGGAACUAUAAAUCCCUCCAGUGCCGUCAGUACUGGCAACGUUAGCGGUAGCGGAAGCAGCAGUACGUCCACCUCAAACACACGCCAAUCCUUGAGCCGAUUGAAAUCCAAGCAACAGUUGCUGCAACAGAACGCAGGUGACGAAGCAACGGCAGAGGAUACUGUGGCGGGUGGGGUUGUGGAUUCCAUCGUAACAACACCCUCCCGCACGACACGAGGUGGUGUAUCGCGCGAAGAUUCCGUCGGGCGUGAUUCACCGGCAACAACAAUUGGCUCCUCAAAGGAUAAAGAUGAUGCCGCGGUGUCAGUGAGUUCGUCCAAAGACGUAACUAAAUCGCCCGCAAUCGGUGCCCGUCGUGCGACUGCCACAUCAAAACCAGCCGCAUCUGUUGGAACUGCUGCAUCUGAGACGCGUAAUACGCGUAUGGUAACACUGAAGCGAACCACACUACUGAAGCGCAAGGGUAAAAAGAUCAUCGGGAAACCGAUGUUGGGAAGAAAGGUGGUCGCACGCCGGCAACUGGUGGCGACUGCUAAAUCUACCGGUACACGCGGUGCCGCUGCUAUGGUUAUCAAAAAGGAAGCCAUCUCUCCGACGAGCUCAGCGGCCAAAGAGAGGGAGGAAGAGCUUCCCAGUACGCCCAGCUUGCGUAACGGAAAGCCACGCAAUUCGGACAGUCCGGUGGCAAAGCGCAAGUCAACGGCGACAGUGUUGAAGCAGCAGGACAGCGGUAAAUCGCUCGACAGUCUAACCGGUUCGAUCAAGAUGGAACGAAGGCGGUCCAGAUCGGUGUCCAAAUGUUCCGACAUGACGGAAGACAGUGAACCGGUCGGGACAGAUAUUAAGCGGGAGCUUUUCGAUAUUGAAUCAAAAAGCAAAAUGUUGGACAAGAUGGCUGAAGCGUUUAACGAGCGCAAAACGGGCGGCGGUGCUUCGCCAGUUGUUGCCGGGUCGAAAGAGGACAAAGCAUCCGGUGGAACGUUGAGGCGAAGCAUGCGCCAACGGAAGAGUACAGCCCGGGAAAAGGAAGACUUUCUGUCGCCUCGUGGAAAGGCGGGAAGUUCGCUGGAUAUCAAAAUCGAACCGGCAGAAUCGCUGGAAUCGCUGUCCGCCGAUGGUGAGGCGGAUAAUAAUGUGACUGCAUCGGUGGCCGCACCACUGACGAUUGAUACGACGGAGUCGGAAGUUUCGAUCGGUACCGAACCGUUGCACAGUGAUGGAGCGGCAAGCAGUUUGGGCGGUGGAAGCAGUAGCAAUGCGAGUGCGACCGGGGUCGGUACCGGUGGCGAGGAAGAACUGACCGCGGGCAAGGACCCAUCGCUCAGUCCGGGUGAGUUGGUGAGCGAAGGUGUGUCGGAGCAGAGCGUAAAGGAGUGCUAUAGUGAGCCGGCCUUUCUGGAGAACAAUUUGGGCAUCGAGAAGGAUCCGAAGUUGGGCGAAAUCGUACAGGAACGCUUCCGGUGCGACAAGGUUAGUGACGAUGUGGACGCAAACGGUGACGAGGCGAAGAUUGCUACGGGAAUGGGCGGCGUCGCUAGUGAUAAUGGUGGUGGUGUGAUGAAGAUCGAUAAUCAGGUCGAAGUGGUCGAAGAAACUGAGUCCACUAGCAAGGAACUGGAAGUUGUGGUGCCGACCAGUACGGCCAAACCGAUGGUAAAGGAUGAGGAAAUGGAAGUAGAUGAGCAAGAGAAUGUAGAAGAUCAGACAGAGGUGAUACGUAAGAACGAUCAAGCAAGUGAAGAUCAGGUGGAAAAGGAACCGAUGGAGGAGGAAAGUGUUGUGGUAUCGGAUGAGUUAGUGCAGGGUGAAAGGAACACUGAGACAGAUAAAAUGGACAUCACGGAGGAAGAGGAGGAGGACGAGGUGGUAGAAUGUGUUAAAAUAUUGGAUGAUUCCGAGGAAAUAACAGAGGCGCCGGAAAAGCAAGAGGAUGUGAUGAUAAUUCUGGAUGACGCAACGGAAGUUGUUGAGGAGGUCCCAGAUAAAAAUGUACCCAAGGAACUUACCGUGGAGGAUAAUGAAUCUGUUCGCACAGACGAUGAAGAUCGUGAUAUGGAUGCUUCUCAAGCUUCUCCUAUUGCUUCCAAAGUUAUUGAAACAUCCAGCACUAGCAAACCAGUGGAAUGUAGCACGGACAAAGAAAGUGCCGCUUCCUCGCCCGUUCCCACUGCAGCAGUGUCCUGCAAAACGAAUGGCGAAAGUAAUGGAAUUGCUACCCCUGCUGGUAGUCAAUCUCGCGAUCAAUCAACACCCAAUCAACAAACGUCGCGGGCGGGACAGCAAAAGCCACCGGUGACGAAUGCGUCCUCUCCCAGAACCACCACACCCGGUAAUGGCAAGGAGUCGAAGCCGAAAGCGCGUACCACGAAAGAGAAAACAAAGGAGGACGAAAAGACACGGGAGGAAAAGCUACGGCAGGAGAAGCUACGGGUGGAGGAGAAGGUGCGCGAGGAGAAGCAACGCGCGGAGCGGCUUGAAGCCGAGAAGAGACUGAAGGAGGAACUGCUGCAGCAAAAGGUGCUUGAAAAUGGUUUGGUCGAAGUGGAAGCCUCACCACAACCGGCCCCAACAACGCUCAAGACUGCAACCGGCACUAAGAGUGGUGGCAGCAGUCCAGCAGCAGCAGCAGCUGAUAAAGAAACCAAGACUGAACUGACCAAUGCCGCAAUGACGACGGCACUCGGGGGAUUAAAUCUGCCCGCGAUCACAAUCGCCAUCACAAAGCGGGACAGCGGUAGCAGUUCCGCGGACGAGAAGGAAUCAACCCACAAUGUGCGGACGGUGUCCCAAAAGCCCAAAUCUGAGCUGGAGAUUGUCCCGAUCAAGGCGGACGGAUCGGCAGCAACAGUUGGUGGAACACUGCCGGCCGUGGGACUGCUGUCGAAGGAAGAAAAACCAGCGAAGGAAGGUGGUGCGGCCACCGCCCCAUCACUGGCCGAUACGGCCGAGUCACGGUUGCGGAUCAUCUCGAAGAGUGAGAAUGCGGCCGCCGCUGUUUCGGUGGUAGAGCGCAAGGAUAGCAACAAGUCACCGACGGCUACGACGUCUGCUUUGAGCAUAAUCAAAAUUGAAUCCAGCAACGGUUCGCCGGUGACUGUCGGUUCUUCCACUCCUCCUUCUCCACCUCCUCCAAUUGGCAAGGAUGCUGCGGAAGAACGGAAAACGGUCCUGCUGGACGAAUCCGAUGACGCAGCAAAACGGAAAGAAUCCCACCUGAAGCACCUUGGGCUACUAACGAUUCAGGCCGCAUCCGAAGAAAAGCAACGUCGUGCCGAACAGAAACCAUCGGCCCCGAUGACCGAUUCCUCACUGCAGGACAGUACGGGCGGUGCUGCGGCUGGCGGUGUAUCCACUGGCGCCGGUGGUGGUGAGGGCUGGUUGUCAUCGGGCACUAAUCACCAGUCCAGCACGGGUAGCGGUCGUCCCAGCGGGGGCAGUAAAUCAUCCCGCAGCUCAAGGGACGAAUACACGGUGUCGAUGAAAACGGUAGUAAAAGGCAACGGUAGCGGUGGAUCACGGGGUGAAAAGCGAAAGCAGCAACGCAUGCCGCUCAAAAUGACGUUCCAGAAGGGUAAGGGUAAGGCGGCACCGGGUGGCAAUGCGACAAUGGGCCGUGACCCGUCCAAUGGUCCCGGUUCGUCCAGCAAUGGUAGCGGCUACGCCACCGAUACGGGCAACAAUGGAGACAACACGUUCUAUACUGCGCACAUCAACGAGCUGGACCACCACUCGUCCAACUCAUCCGAUGGCCAUUCGCACCGUGAAUCGGGUGCUGGUAGGAAGGCACACAGUCGUUCUCAUACCACCGAUGGCGUGAACCUGACAGAAGCGGUCGGUGAAACUGUGUCCUCUAAGGAAGUGAUUCAGAAAUCGUUGGUAAUCCCGGAGAAAGCGUCCUCCUUCAACGUGCACCCGGAGCGACUCUGCUGGGAUCAGUGUUCCUACUGUGGUGGCAAGUUUGGACUGUACGACACACCUUGCCACGUUGCUGCCAUAAAAUCCACCGAGCGACAGCAGCGAAUUCUUCUCGCAACCUUGCCGAAGAUCACGCUUGACAGCUGCCUGUGUGAUGCUUGCUACCGGCAUGUCGAUCGCAAAGCCAACUGUCCGCCGCAGAAGAAGAAAUCGACCACCGUAUCGCAGACGAGCAGCACGUCGACCGGUGCGUCCACCAACACCACCAACACCACACAGUCGACCGUAUCCCCGUUAGUACUUAAGGUUACGACCAACAAGGACGGUUCGACGAGCAUCGCGACCGAGCAGCCGGCAACGCUGGACGACGGGACGACGGCGGGUGGAAAGGAGCGCGAAACCUGUGCCGUGCGUCAGUGUACGGCACACGGCAUGCAGUCGUUACGCCGCAAGUGGAUGGUGAAGAUGAAGCGCAAAAUUAGCAAACAGUUGGACAUCAAUUUUGAGCUGGCGGCAAAGGCGACCGCAGAAUACAUCUACAUCUGUAACAAGCACUACGAGCAGAUUAGCCACCUGAUGAUUUGCGCCUUGUGUACGAAACCGCUCCAGCGAAACCAUGUGUACCAUUUGUUCAAUAAUGUUGUGCAAUUGGAGCGCUUAAUCCAGGAGCAGGGCAUUUCCAUAAGGCUGAGCAGUUCGGAGCUGGUCGUGUGUAAAUUAUGUAAAUAUUAUGCUAAUUUAUUGAUUAAGCCACCGGAUGCAACAAAGGCCAAAUUCAUUAAGGACUACAAUCGAAGAUUGUACAACUAUCGACAGCGGAAUGUGGAAGAGCAGAGCGUUGAAGUACGUAGUGUUGAGCAGACAGUCGUUCCAGCACCCCGACAACGCCCAGCUGCUCCGAUGACGACGGAUAUAGUAAUAUCAGACGGUGAUGAAGAGGAGGAAGAGAUGGAAGAGGAAGAGGUGGAAGAGUGUCCCGCACCAGCACAGCAGCAACAUCAUCCAGAGGCACGGUACCAAACGUAUGGCAAUCUGUUUUCGAUCGGUGACAGUUCCGUGUCGCUAAGGCGCCGCGUAAGCUACCGCAAAUCGCCCGACGUAACCAUCGUGGAGAACAAUGUUGCCACACAGAUGGGUGAGCUGGAUGAGAUCAGUAUCCUACCGGCGACAAAAUCAUUGGCCGCCUUGAACCAGCAGCAGCAUCAGCAGUCGCAAGAUGAUAACAUCGACAUGACGAAGGUGCUUAAAUCGAAUCCAAACAUUUCGAUGCGCGAACUGUUCCCGGGCGAAGAGGAACUGGGCGUACAUGUGAACAUUCCAUUCAGUUCAUCGUCCGUGCGUACACCCGAGGGUUGGACGAAGGUAACCUCCACCAUACAGUACGAUGACAGUACGCGCGCGUUGUGGGAUGAGCUGCAAAAACCGUACGGCAAUCAGUCGAGCUUUUUGCGCCAUCUGAUCCUGUUGGAAAAGUAUUUCCGCAACGGUGAUCUGGUGCUGUCGCCGCAAGCGAAAAACAAUGCAACCACAUACUCGGAAGCGGUCCAGAACCGAUUGCGCUCGUACGAUAAUAUACCGUCGUCCGUUACGUCACCACCGGCGUUGGCCGCCUUGGCAACGGUCACCCCGAGUGUAGCCGCGGAUAAGACGAGCAAUAUUUUCCAGCAGUUUAGCAGCGCCACCAUUACCAUUGUCCCGGCAAGCAAGGUUCGCAAUAAAUCGGGGAGUACUACCUCUGCUCUCUCGAGUAGCUCGAAUGCUGGCAACGCUCCGGAUGUUACCCCCGUAUCGCCACCGGCUCCCGUUAGUUUGCUUAAAUCGAACAAUCUACAUCUAGCGAACAGCAGCGGCGAACAGGGAGCGAAAAACAGUCUCAAGCGGAAGCUAUCGAACGAAGGAAGAAGAUCUUCGUUCAGUGCUAGUGCGACUUCCACACCAGUCAGCAGCAGUGGUUCGAAUGUGUCGAAGGUGGUAAAACUGGACGAAGUGCCGAAAGCAACUUUAUCAUCCCCGCCGGAGCUUAUCAGCAUCAACUGUAAGCCGAGCGUAACCAUCACCAGCAUUCCACCGGGGCAGCAACCGGCAUCAUCCGCACCAUCACCAGCAGCAACCACUCAGAAGCAGCAUUCUUUGCUAAAUCAAUCGCAGCAGUCCUUGCUGCAGUCGGUUCCUAUUCUUAUGGCGAAGAAAUCUCCUCCAGCUGUUGCUGCUGCCGUUGCUAGUACCAGCACCACGAUGGCAGUACCACCGGCCGCAUCAUCCAAUGCCACCGGUAAUGCAACGCGAGAAAUCAUCCAAAUGCCGGAACAACUGACGGAAGCGGAACGUCGGGAAUCGUCUACACGUCCGUGGCGCCCGACCCUGCUACCAAUAUCUCCAGGUGUGUCGGAAAGCUUAAAAACCGGUCCACUCUACCAAACGGCUGACGGUCGCUUGCUACCGAAGUUGGUGCAGGUCAUGUCGGGCGGCAAACCAUAUCACAUCUCAAUCGAAGAUUAUAACCGUAUGUGCAUACUGCGACGGGAAAAGUUACUCCAGCAGCAACACAACAUGAUACAGACGGCCAACAAACGCCAGUCGCAGCUGCCCCAGCCGAAGCCGCAAGUCAGCACCAUACCUCCGCCAGCGCUACGGUUAACGAACACUUCGGUGGAAAAUUCAUUAAUCAACAACGCUGUGCCCACCACUUCUGGGGCCACCGGUGGCGGCAGUACUGCUGCCAAAGUGGUACAAUUCCCCAACCAGCUCCUGGAGCAAAACUCACUCAUACCGAUCUAUGGCGGUGGAGGAUCCGGCAAGGUUGGGACGGGUAAUGGAAAUGUACAGAAGUCGAGCAACAGCAGCCUCACGGUAACCAUGACGCCAACGGUCAACAAUAAUAGCCUUGCCAAGGGUACGACGGUGAUCCCACCGACGAUGAAGCCACUCUCCCUGCCCAACAGCACCACCGUAUAUCCGAUGAUGAUGUCGGCCAACACAAUCUCCCUGCCUCCCCUGUUUACGACCUCUGCAUCGUCCACGCUGUACACCGGCGUUGGUGGCGGUGUGACGACCCAAAGCUCCACGUCAUCCAUCAACAACCGACCUGCAUCUGCGACGACAUCGCUUGUGCUCACGCAACCCUCCUCACACCUUAGCAUGAGCAGCGUGACAACGAUGAACCCGUUGGAUCAGCUGCUCAAGGGUGGCAAUCUGGUGACGCAGGCGCAAUUGCAGGAAUAUGUGGCUGCCGCAACGGCAGCCAAUGGUGGCGGGUUGGGUGCGUCCUCACAGAUGGACAACUCACCGGACAAAUUACUCUCAAAGAUACCAAAAUCGCUCACUGUGAUACCGCAGCAGAAACAAAGCAGAACAAUGUCACGCGUUUCCUCGCAUGAGGAACAAAACAGUGCCUAA